GUGGCUUACCUGCAUCUAUAAUAGAGAAAAAGAGACAGGGACAGGCAGUGCAGAGGCCCUAAUGAGAGAAAGCUCAGUAGCAGAGGAACAUCUUUGAGCAGAAAUACCAGUGAUAGUAACUUGAACCUGAAGCUCAUCACUAUUCAUCUUCAAGAGUCUUGGCUGAGGGUGCAGAUGUGCCUAAAGCUGUGAAGAGUUCUGGCUGAAGUGCUGACAGCCAUUUAUCUUUGAUGAAAAAAAAAAAGGUAACCUAUGACAGUUUUUUACACGCACAUUUCCAAGUGACUUUAGUGAGAACUAUGUUUGACUGAGCCUGGGACAGAAGGACCAGUAGAUGAUAUGAGAGGUGAAAGAAGACAGGACGCAGCGAGGUAAAGACAAGAGAAGACAAGACCAAGCAAGGCAAAUCAAAACAAGACACAACAAAGGAAGGCAAGGAAACAGAUUUUAAGACGAAAAAGACACAGGACAAGGAAAGGAACCAGACUGGACCAAAUAAAGCCAGAGAGGACAAAGCAAAGAAACAAAUCAAGGGAUCAACUCAAACUUCAGUGCACCAUUGGGAGUGUUCAAAAGGAGGCCGGAGAAGAAUGGCAUGCCAGGCAUUCAGUGCCGACUCUUUCACCCAACUUUCAGUAGAUUCACCUUUACCAAUCCUCAUGCACCACGCCUCUACUAGUGACUGCCUGCCAACAACGUCCCAUGCUCACAUGGUUUCUCCAGUGUCAUCCGGGCUGUCCUUGGGUCAGUCCUCCAAGCGCUCCCACAUGCACUUGUCUACUUCGUCCCUCGGCAACGCUCUUGGCAACGGCCCCCCGAGCCUACAUUAUCCAGUCACCCCCUGUCACUACAGCAACCAGCAGGCCACUUAUGGCAUGAUGGCAGCUCAGGAGAUGCUCUCUGCCAGUAUUUCUCAGACUCGUAUCCUGCAGACAUGUGGUGUCCCUCACCCGAACAUGGUGAGCGCUGCAAAUCCAUUGCAAGGUUCUCUUACUCCUUGCCUGUACAAGUUUCCAGAUCAUGGUCUUAGUAGUGGUUCCUGUGCAUUAAGCCAUGGUUUCUCCUCACUGCCCUCGGCCUUCCUUUCAACUGAUGAGGCCCCUGGGGGCCCCACAGUCGGUGAUAUGAAAACUGAUGCUCAAAGGAAGAGCAUACGGGACCCAGAAGAGGCCCCUGCCAUGGACUCCCCACAGAUACGAGAGCUUGAGAUGUUUGCCAAUGACUUCAAAAUACGGAGGAUCAAACUUGGCUACACGCAGACUAAUGUCGGCGAGGCUCUCGCUGCCGUGCACGGCUCAGAGUUCAGCCAGACCACGAUCUGCCGCUUUGAAAACUUGCAACUGAGCUUUAAGAACGCCUGCAAACUCAAGGCCAUUCUGGCUAAAUGGCUUGACGAAGCUGAGCUGGCUGGAGCCUUGUACAAUGACAAAAUAGGAAUGAAUGAGCGGAAGAGGAAAAGAAGAACAACUAUCAGCCUGGGAGCUAAAGAGGCCCUGGAGUGCAGCUUUGUAGAAAAGAGUAAGCCAUCCUCCCAGGAAAUAGCCCGGAUAGCCAAAGGCCUCCAUCUGGAGAAGGAGGUGGUCAGGGUCUGGUUCUGCAACAGACGUCAAAGAGAGAAACGGGUGAAAACCAGUCUCAACCUCAACUCCUGUUUGACCAAAAUCAGUCCAAACUGCAUCGUUCAGAUGAGUAAAACACAAAGACCAAUGGCAUAAUUUUGUUCGAGGCUACUUGUGAAAAUGUGUGUUUGUUUUUUUUUUUAUUAAAUGUCUGACUGAAAUAAUUUCACCAUUAAGUGGGAGAAUUUCACAGGAUGCAAGAAAAACCUAAAAAUAAUAAAUACUGCCCUCACCCUGCAUUAAGCAGCUGCCGACGCACCUGUAACAAGUUCGUUAAUUUAACAUUCGGAUGACAAUUUAUAUCCUGUGAUGGUCCGCCUGCCAAGAAGAAAAUCCUAUAAAAACAUGAAUCAUUGUCAGUUUGUUACUUGAAUCCAAAGCAAAUGUUUAAUUUGGAGAGAUAUCCGUCAUUGCAGUGAGCUCCAAUUUUCUUUCUUUUACUUGAACAGAAAUGUUUCUUCACAGUAUUUUUAAUUCCCCCCUCCCCGUAUAUUUCCAAAUAUAUAAAUGUCAAAGAGCAAUGCAGCCAGUAAUGUUUUCUUUCCUGAAGUUGAAACUGUGAAGAUAAAAGGUUUUCAUUAACUGCUGGCUUGCUGGUUUGACGCUGCAGCUACCAGACAUUCAAAUGAAGUGAAUCUAGGCUGUGUCCUGUUUGCUAUAUGCACGCUGAAAGUAUAUUAAUCACGCAGACCCAAAAUAAUUUAAUCCAUCAGCACCAGAGUGCAGAUGAGUUCUCAUAUAGAUCAGACCCACGCCUUUCUAAAAACAGUCAAUGGCAAUACAGUCCUUGAAUUUUAUUGUUGAUGAAAUGUUCUACAUGUGUAUUUAACAGCAGGACUCUUUGUGUUAUAGAUGUAUUCUUUGUGUAUUUGUGAUUAGAGCUGAUACUUGUGUGUCCUCUCAUUAAUUACCUUGUCUUGAAAUGACAAAUGUCUGUUUUAUUUAAGUUAAGAUAGCCAUGGUCCGAACAGUAAUAUAUUUAAAGUUUCACAACAGCCUAUUUAUUUGAGAUUUAAUAUAUUAUGUUGAUCUACUUUGCUGAGUACAACUACUUUGAUUUAUGGUUUGAAGUCAGGUAUAUGUGAAACUUUUUGACAUUUUUGGCAACGAAUGGAUCUGAGGUCCGUCGUUUCCCUUGUUGUAAGAUGGAUUUAAUUUUUCAUGCUUGUUGAUGUUAUGCUUUUGUCGUUGGUGCCUUGACAAAGUGUCACACAAAGAAGAACAUCAGCCAGUCUGACCCGGUUGGGAUGACUGAUGUGAAACGUCUAAAGAGAAGAAACAAGCUAACAGACCGCAACUUCUCUCUCAGACGUAAAAAGGGGAGAGACAUGAAAGUUAUGUCAAGUUAAUGCAGUGCAGGAAAUGAUAGGUCUUGUAAGAAUGUAUUGUAGACGGAUAAAGUGCCUUCACUCAACUUGAUUGAAAAUAUCCAGUAAAUAUGCCAAAGAGCUGGUUAGUACAAAAAUGUGCACUUGUACUGAUCGUAGGUCCUGACAGAUAAAUCAGUUGAAUUCAUUUAUGACAAUAAAGGAGAACAGUGUGUUCAUACAGAGAUACAUGUAUCAUUUCUCUUUUUUUUACUAAUGUCGUUAUCUUACCCUAUGAAUACAUACAUUAGGAGAGAGUCUGGUCAUGUGUACCGCAUGCACUGUACAAUUCAUGGCUG